AUGAAGUUCACCCUAGGCCUGGGGUCGCGGGCGUGGAGAGUGUCCUGGGAGCGGGCGGCGGCGGCGGCAGCGGGCCCGGGGGCGGGCGGCGGCGCGCUCGGCUGCGGCGCACGGCGCUCUUCCAGUCCGCGGCCCGGCCGCCGCGGCUCUCGGCUCGCGCGCGCCCUCCCUCUAUGCCUCUCCCGCGGCGGCGGCGCCCCAGCACUCCCGGACCGCGCCGGGCCCAGCCCCGGCCGCCUCGGCGCCAGGCAGCCGGCCGGCCCGCGCGCCAUGGAGCAGACCUACGGCGAGGUGAACCAGCUGGGCGGCGUGUUCGUCAACGGACGGCCCCUGCCCAACGCCAUCCGCCUGCGCAUCGUGGAGCUGGCACAGCUGGGCAUCCGACCCUGUGACAUCAGCCGGCAGCUUCGCGUGUCCCACGGCUGCGUGAGCAAGAUCCUGGCGCGCUACAACGAGACGGGCUCCAUCCUGCCGGGUGCCAUCGGGGGCAGCAAGCCCCGCGUCACCACUCCCAACGUGGUCAAGCAUAUCCGGGACUACAAGCAGGGCGACCCCGGCAUCUUCGCCUGGGAGAUCCGUGACCGGCUGCUGGCCGACGGCGUCUGCGACAAGUACAACGUGCCCUCAGUGAGCUCCAUCAGCCGUAUUCUGCGCAAUAAGAUUGGCAGCCUGGCGCAGCCCGGGCCCUACGAGGCGAGCAAGCAGCCGCCGCCGCAGCCGGCGCUCCCCUACAACCACAUCUACCAGUACCCCUACCCCAGCCCCGUGUCGCCCACGGGCGCCAAGAUGGGCAGCCACCACGGGGUCCCAGGCACAGCCGGCCACGUCAGCAUCCCCCGUUCAUGGCCCUCGGCUCACUCGGUCAGCAACAUCCUGGGCAUCCGGACGUUUAUGGAGCAAACAGGGGCCCUGGCGGGGAGCGAAGGCGCCGCCUACUCCCCGAAGAUGGAAGACUGGGCGGGAGUGAACCGCGCGGCCUUCCCCGCCAGCCCCUCUGUGAACGGGCUCGAGAAACCUGCUUUAGACACGGACAUUAAAUACACGCAGUCGGCCUCCGGCCUCUCCGCGGUGGGCGGCUUCCUCCCGGCUUGCGCCUACCCGGCCUCCAACCAGCACGGCGUGUACAGCUCGCCGGCCGGCGGCUACCUCGCCCCCGGCCCGCCUUGGCCGCCGGCGCAGGGUCCCCCGCUGGCGCCCCCCGGCGCCAGCGUCACCGUGCACGGCGGGGAGCUCGCGGCAGCCGUGACCUUCAAGCAUCCCAGCAGAGAAGGUGAGGGCCGCCCAGCCCCGGCGGCAAGGCACCAGACGGCCUUGGGAGCUUACACGGACUACCCAUCCCGGCCUCGACCUCCUAGGGCCGCGCCUCCGCGAGCCGAGCCCGAGCCCGAGCCCGGAGGCAGCUGCGGAGCGCGCACCCGAGGGUUCGCCACAGCCGAGGUGCCCAUCAGCCUGGCAUCGCCCUGCCCCGCGCCCGGAGGCCGCGCGUCCUCCAUCCUCCGGGGUUUUCGGCUUCUCUGAACUUUGGCUUCGGACUGUUACAUCCUCGUCUCGACCUUUGGUCCGACGCGGCCUCCCUCGCCUGGCGGCCUCCAGCGUCUUUUCCGACUUCGUCCCGAGCCGAUGGGCACCGCCCCUGCCUCCCUCCCCCUCGUGCUGGCUCUUCCACGCCUCCUUUCUCCCUCCCUUUUCUCUCUCCUUUCUAUCGACCCUCCUUUCUUCCCUCACCUUCGGCCUCUUUACGUUCCUCUCUCUCUAGCCUCCUUUCCCCGCUGCGUCUUCCCGGUCUACGUGGUCCCCAUCCGGCCCCAUCCGCUACCUCUUCUGGGCCCUUAGUCACUACUCCGCCUCUCUUCAUUGGCCCUGCUUCCUCC